AUGGUCUGCGAUGUCUUCUCGCUUCACAAAAUUUCUGGAGGAGAUGGCGUGAAGUUCCCAUUUCCCGUCAAGGACUACCAACGUUAUGUGUUUGGCGAUGACAAGCUAGCGCACCUCUUUGGCACGGACCUCGCUAAAGCAUUCAUCGCCCGGACUGGGGCUGCAGAAGACACGAGCACUGGGAGCAAUCAGGAGCUUACAACCGAUGUCGUCGUUGCCGUCCUAUCCGAUCACGUACCCACGGCGACUCAUAACCUUCGAGAACACUUUACCGCUUACCUCAAUCGGCACUUGGUCUCGGAGAAGCAACGUCCAGCACACAAGAUCGACCUUAUUCGGGUUACAGCGCGGGACGAUCCGCACACAAGUCGUACCAGUACAUACCAUGUCGAUCUCGCGUGUCUAGGAAGCAGGGCUCUCAUCAUCCUAGGGGACAUUCGCAUGAGUACGGAGCAGGAAGAAGCCAUCAGCAAUUCCUUCAAGUCUAAGAAGAUUGAGAACACGAUUGUGUUCGCUUAUCUGGCUACACUUGAUGAAUCAGUCAACACCAGCGCACUCUCUUCGACCCUCUCGUCCAUCGUUAGCCCAUCCAUCAAGGAUAUUGACAGCCUCGCACACUCACGAUAUUUCAGCAUGACUGAAGCAUUCGCUCGGUUUGUUCUGAGCAGAGACUAUGCGGAGUUCUGCCGCUUUUUGCGAGGUCAGGAUGAUUUUCUCGCCAGGAAGCUGCUGGACUAUGCCAUCGGUGGAGACCACUUGGAGGAUGAGCUCUACAAAAACAACCUCAGGUUUCUGAAAUGGGAGAUUGAUGCGAGGGAGAGCAUCUAG